AUGCGUCCCUCAGUCCUCACCCUCGCCACCCUCCUCAGCGCUUCCUACGCCCUUCCCCAGGAAGAAGCCGAAAUUCAAUACACCCCACGCGACUAUAGCGGCACGCUCGAAGACCGCGACCUGCUGGUCUCUCGUGCCUGCUGCAACUACAAAAAAUGCACUUACUUCGAGGACCGCCCAAAUUUCCACUGCCCCAAGAAACACCCAAAAGAGUGCGGUGGGGAUCUUAGUUCUAUUAUCUGCUGCCAUUGUGUGGCAGAGGCGAAGCGAACCCUAGAAGCCAUGUUAGGAAAUGAGCCGAGCGUGACGCGAAAUAACUACUAUUAUCGGCAGCCACAGAUACAGACACGUCGGUCACCUACCAUGAAGCGAGGCAGCGGUAACAAAAGAGCAAUGGGGAAAAAGCCCACGUGA